AUGGGCUCAUCUUCAUCCAAACCAGUGCGCAAACUCGGAUCGGAAGUCGCCUCUUCCGUCUCUCGAGCUGUUCCUGCCGCAGCCAAGCCUUCGGCCAACCCUACUCCUGCACCCUCGGGCACAAAUCGAGUGCCACCUGCUGAAUACGGAGCGGCCACUGCCCAGCAAGGCUCGCAGUAUGCCCCCUCACCAGCAGGCAGAAGAGAGCAAGAGACGCAGAGACAGCAGCAGCAAGCGAGCGAGACCAAAUCGGCCGACAUCAUGCGCGACGCCUACGAUCCGCAGUUCCUCCAGAACCUCUCCCGUCUAGGUCAGGUCAAGGUGCCGAAAAAUGCGACCAACUAUCAGCCUACCGAUCAAAUGCUGCGCAUCCUCGAAGCACGCGAGCGCGCCAACCUCGACAACAUCGAGUCUGCCGAUGCUCUCGCCUCUCCCAACUCGACCCGCACAAAGCCGUCCGGUCCGCCCAGAAUGUCGGCCAACACGAUCACUCUGUUACUCGACGACCGCAAGCACUGCGAAACCCAGAAGGACCUCGACCGCCUGGCGCUCGAGUACGAUCUUCCGCUGCAAACCAUCGAGUCGCUCGCCAAGUACUACAACUCGCCCACCAUGGGCGAAGAGGUGCGCGACGAGUCGACCGAGCAGCAGGAUCAGGCGAACCGUCAGGAUGAGAGAGCACCUCCGAAGGUCAGGGGCGUGUGGGUAGUGCCCAAGUUGCAGAGUCAGAUUUCGGCCUGA